AUGAAGAACAGGUGGGACCGGAGCGGAGAAGACGCCGUCAGAACGAUGACGCGUAGCGAUAGCCUUGCGGCCGCCCUCGCUGAGGCCGCAGACCCAUUCGCCCCUGAUUCGCUGAAAGAGGCACGAGCGCGAAUGACCGAACGAGACAGCGAGGAGACAGAGACGCUUCCGGACGACAGCGGACAGCAAGAAGAGCUGUCCUGGGCGGAAGCUCUGGACAUGCUGGUAGGGACCAACCCGCGGCAAGUCUGGAAGACGGUGAACUACUGCAUCCCCGUCCUCCUGCUCAUUGCGCUCUUCCUCCUCUACCUCACCUGGAACGACAGCGAGUUGGUAUGGCUCGUGAGCGGCUUCAUCGCCCUUCUUCUCGCCUUCGCAGUAGCGCUCAACUGGACAUUGUGUCAAGUUUUUUUGCCAUCUGACGAAGGCGAAGAAGGCAGCCGGGAGAGUCUCCACAAGAAACAAAACUGA